AUGGCCGCCAGUGUCUCCAAAAUCCUCUCCCGAGGGGAAGGGAACCGCCAGAACAUCACGCUUGAGGAGCAGGCGGGAUCGGACGAGGCAGCUUCAGUCAGUCAGUCACCCCCCGCGCUCGAAGAACAGGCGAGAUUUGACCCGAAGGCAUCCGACGCUACUCCAGCUACUGCGGGAAGAAUGCGGACCAUACGAAGUCCAAGUCCCGCGCACGAUUACAAUACCAAACAGUCCCCCGUACGAAACAACUCCGGGGCCAUGGAUCCUUUUACCCAUCUCCCAGUGUUUCAGCUUGUGGUGUGCAAGGAGUGCAAGUACGCCUGUCUCUCCCAGCAUGUCCCGAGGCACCUCCGUACGAUACACCAGCAGCUCACCCACUGGCGGCGCCAGGAGAUUGCAGCUCUCGUACAGCAGAUCCCGGAUAUCCUGGCGGCCGCGGCCGACCUAGACCGGCUCUACCGUCCAACAGAGGCGAUCCCAGCAAUCCCAAGUCUCGGGGAGCCCUGCUCUACUGGAAUCGCCUGCCGCGAAGAUGGCUGUGUCUUUGUGUGCACGCACAGGGCCACGAUACUUAGGCACUAUCGCGCAGUCUCACAGCCAGCCGUGGCGUACGAACGUCCGCUGCCAGCGACUGUUCAAAGGCGGCAGCGGCAGCUUCUGGUUCGAGGUCCUGGCCUCCCCAUCCUCCGCAUCCUCCACAUCCUCCACAUCCGUCGUAUCCCCACAUCCGUCGUAUCGUACGACAACCGGCCAGUGCUGCCCCAAGCAGACAUGCCAGUCCCAUCCGAGGAUCUCCUCUUCCUGAAGCAGUAUAACUCCCAAGCCGCCCUGUUCAAGGCUCGUACGGCAAAGACCAUCACCGAGGGCUCGAGCUACGAGCCAAACCCGUGGCUUGAGCGGACUGGCUGGGUUGCUCACCUCCGGGGUCUCGACCACCAGAAGCUCCAGUCGGCCGUCAGCCUCGAGCCCGGGGAUGGUUGGUACAGGGCUGAUCAUCGUACGAUGCUGGAGGAGGUCUGGGCGAGCCUCAGCCGCAUCAUCCAGGCGGCGCAUCGUACGGCCACGUCCGAGGUGGCCGGCAUCUCCACCCUGUUUGAGCUGCGCCGGCGGGACCAUGUUCACAAGGCCAGGGUUCCCUUUUCCAGCCGGCUUGAGCCACAGACGAAGGCGCGGUAUCUGAAUGUCUGGAAGCGCAUUGUCGGCUACCUCUUUCGUACGCAGACGUGGUACGAGGAUGACUGUGGCGCCUAUGAACUAUCGCCGCCUCAGGAGGAAGCGUACAAUGACUUGGAGGAGUUUCUGGAGGAGACUCUGCAGGCGUACGAGCCGCCGCUUGCGAAAGCCACUCUAGAGGUAAUCGACCAUAAGUGCCUGCGCCUCUUCAUCUCCCUGCUGGACCAUGAACUCCCCAACUCGCCGUACGAGAGCGUGGUCUUAAGCGCCCUUAGCGUGAUGGGCCUCAGGGCAGUGGGCGAUGCUGUUCCCUGGCGCCGGCCGCAUGAGUAUACCGGGAUCCUCUCGGCCGCCAUUAACAUCAGUCGGCUCCUGGCUCUGCAGCAGUCGUACGAGGAAUGCCGGCAGGUCCUGGACGCGGGGACGCCAGAGGAGAGGGAGAUCGCGCCAGGCCCCUUCGAUUCCGUACGAUCAAAGGUCUUGCGCUACCUGACUGUUACCUCGGCCACCACGAAGCCCUCGCCGAUCGACUGGAUCUUCGAGGUCAGGGAGUACGGCAUGGCCAUUAGUAAAACAACGUCCCUGGUGGCCGAUGUACAGUGGAAUGGCGAGCAGGUGCUCCCUCACCCUGGAGCUACACCGUACGAUGCGCCAGCUUCUUCUGGUCGACGGGGGAGAGGAGAAUGGUGGUGCAGGAGGAGGGAAGGCAAGGGGGAGGAAGAGGAGAGACAGGGCGCUGGGGAGGCAGUCGAGGCUGUACGAAACCCAGCCCCGAUCCCAAUCCCAAUCCCAAUCCCAACGCCUGAUCUAUCGGCUCUAGAGGACCAUGCUGGGAAUGCCAGCAUGGACUAUACGUUCCUGACAGACUCGCGGAAUAAGGGCCUACUCGAUGGCCAGUCGGGCUGGGUUCUCAGCCGCAUCCUGAAGGACCCCGAGCUUCGUACGGAAUGGCUGCAUGGCACUGACCUCCGGCCCCAGGCCGUGAACCGGUAUGGCAAGCUGGUAGAGCAGUUCCGUACGAAGCUCCUCCUGCUAAUGCAUCUAACCGGUGGGCAGCCAGCCCGGUCCACUGAGAUCCUCAGUAUCCGCUACUGCAACACUUCGUACGGGGGGCCGAUGAAUGUUUUCCUCUGGAAAGGGCUCGUCUGCUUUGCCACAUCCUACCACAAGGGCUACCGGUCCAAGCAGAGGCUGAAGAUUGUUCAUCGAUAUCUCCCCGACGAGGUAGGCGUCGAGCUCGUACGGUACCUCUGGCUGGUCCUCCCUUUCUGGCAGAACACUCUGGCAAUAGGCGGGCCCGAGGAGCUCUGGACCGGUGACAAGAUGGGGAGGCUGUUUGGGGAUGCGAGCGUACGACUCAUGGGGGCAAAGAUCAACGUGCACGACUACCGGCAUAUAGUUAUUGCCAUUGGGCGGAAGUACCUCCACGGCAUCUUCAAGGACUCGUACGACAGCAGGGACCCGGCUGCCGGCCGCGAUGGUAAUAACGAUGAUGACGAUGACUCGGACGACGAUGGCCUUGCUGCCGUAAUGGCCCACCAGGCGGCCCAUAGUGUCCUAACCGACGGCAUUACCUACGGCCGUACGAGCCAGCAGUUUGGGCUUGGCACGGCACUGCAGCAGGAGCAGUUCUGGCAGGCCAGCGUACGAUGGCACCGCUUCCUCGCGUUCAAGAGCAGCCAGCCCGGCAGCUCGAUGGCGCAAAGGCAGCAGUUGAGUCAGGGGGCGUUGCCGUACGAGACGGUGCGCCAGUCCCUCCGGGUCCUGCGACUCCAGCACCUCGGCCGCGUCAACCUCGAGGCCAGCCUACAGCAGAUGCUUCGCAAAGACUCGGCCAGCUUCCGCGGGCAGCAGGAGGCCGUGCUCCAGGCGGUCGUACGAGGGCGAACACCGAUCCUCCAGAUCGCCGGGACGGGCGAGGGCAAGAGCCUUUCGUUCCUACUACCGGCCUACUGCGCGUACGAUGGCGUCACGGUCGUGGUUGUGCCGCUGCUGGCGCUGCAGGGUGACCUGAAGAGGCGGUGCGAUGAGCUCCAGAUCGACUCGCACAUCUGGUCGCACAGCCGGGCCAAGACGUCCAAGAUUGUGUUUGUCACUCCCGAGUCUAUGGCAGCCGAGGACUUCCACAGCUUCGUCACCGGCCUCAUCGUACGGCAGCAGCUUGACCGUAUCGUCGUCGAUGAGUGCCACAUGGUCCUGGGCGCCUCCUUUCGCUUCCGGCGCGAGUUCCUGUCCUCUAAUCCACCAGUCGUUGGAGUACAACAACCCAUUGCUUACUAG